CCAUCGUGUUUUUCGGGCUGUCAGCAGUGACGUUGGCCUAAAUUUCAUGCGUCCAGGUUCGUAUAGGUUCUAAUCCUAAUAAAUUGCUGGUGUACGUAUUCUGCGGCUAUGGCAUUAAAAAGGAUCACAAAAGAACUGCAAGAUUUGGGUCGUGAUCCACCAGCCCAAUGCUCUGCCGGGCCAGUUGGUGAUGAUAUGUUCCAUUGGCAAGCCACUAUAAUGGGGCCUCCGGAUAGCCCGUACGCUGGCGGUAUUUUCUUUUUAAAUAUCCAUUUUCCAUCGGAUUAUCCGUUUAAACCUCCCAAGAUUUCGUUUACUACGAGAAUAUAUCACCCAAAUAUAAACAGUAAUGGAAGUAUAUGUUUAGAUAUACUUCGUUCACAAUGGAGUCCAGCAUUAACUAUUUCCAAAGUACUUUUGUCCAUCUGUUCUUUGCUUUGUGACCCUAAUCCUGAUGAUCCCCUAGUACCGGAUAUCGCUCGCGUCUACAAAACUGACCGUUCAAAGUACAAUACGUCAGCUAAAGAAUUUACUGAAAAAUAUGCUUCGUAAAACAAUUUGGUUGUAAUUAUACUAUAAUGCAGACUGCGGGAGAAAUUUAAUUGAUGUUUCGAUUUCCGAUGUCCGUGUUGCUUGUUUAUGCUACUGCAUGAAGGUCGUGUUAAUACUGUAUCAGUAAAGAUAUAUCCGUCGUAACAUUUAUCUAGAUAUUAUUUGAAAGUAAUUGUUAGCUUAACUGAUGUACAUUAAGGAUAAAAUUGUGUAGGUAGUUUGCCUAUUCGUUAAAUACCAUGUACUUUGAUUGUGCAUCUUUUGCUUCUUUAUUGAUAAAGUUAGUAUUUCACUUACAAGAUACUGUAAUGCCUUAAUAGCCUUAAAUAAAAAGUAAAUUUCAUCUAAUAGUGGAG